GAGCAACUAAACCUACAAUUCAACCAAACCCAACAAAAAUGGCAUUCAAAUUCAUCGCCUUCUUCGCUCUUUGCAUCGCUGCCGCCAGCGCUGGUGUUAUCGCUCCUGCUGCUCCUUUGGCCGCAAUUGCACCAGCACCAUUGGCUGUUGCCGCCCGCGUUGAGGAGUACGACCCACAUCCACAAUACACCUACGGCUAUGACGUGAAAGAUGCUCUGACCGGUGACUCGAAGACCGCUGUGGAGACCCGUGAUGGUGGUAUCGUGCAAGGUCAAUACUCGUUGAAUGAUGCUGAUGGCUACCGUCGCAUUGUUGACUACACCUCCGACCCAAUCAACGGUUUCAACGCUGUUGUGCGCCGUGAACCUUUGGUUGCCCCCGUCGUUGCCGCUGCUCCAGUUGUUGCCGCCCCUGCUCCCGUCGUGAGAGCCGCUCCCUUCGCUGCUCCUGCCCCACUUGUCGCCGCAGCUCCAGCUCCCCUCGUUGCCGGACCAGCAGUGGUGAAGACUCAAUUCGCUUCGCCACUCAUCUCUUACGCCUAUUAGAAAAUUUGGACUGAAUGUUUGCCAUUAGCUGUUAAUCAUGAAU